ACAAUCUGUUAAAACAUGGUGGAUUACUAUGAAGUUCUGGGCGUGCAGAGACAUGCCUCACCUGAGGACAUUAAAAAGGUGUAUCGGAAACAGGCACUUAAAUGGCAUCUGGACAAAAAUCCUGAAAAUAAAGAAGCAGAGCAGAAAUUCAAACAAGUAGCUGAGGCAUAUGAGGUGUUAUCGGAUGCAAAAAAGCGGGACAUCUAUGAGAAACACGGCAAAGAAGGGUUAAAUGGUGGAGGAGGAGGUGGAAGUCAUUUCGACAAUCCGUUUGAGUUUGGCUUCACAUUCCGGAAUCCAGAUGAUGUCUUCAGGGAAUUUUUUGGUGGAAGGGACCCAUUUUCAUUUGACUUCUUUGAAGACCCAUUUGAUGACUUUUUUGGGAGCCGAAGGGCUUCCCGAGGAAAUAGAAGCCGAAGUGCAGGCUCGUUUUUCUCUGCCUUCAGUGGAUUUCCCUCUUUUGGAGGUGGAUUUCCUGCUUUUGACACAGGAUUCAGUUCGUUCGGGUCACUAGGACACGGGGGUCUCACUGCAUUCUCUUCAGCAUCAUUUGGUGGCAGCAGAAUGGGCAACUUCAAAUCAAUAUCAACUUCUACUAAGAUAGUUAAUGGCAAAAAAAUCACUACAAAGAGAAUUGUGGAGAAUGGUCAAGAAAGAGUAGAAGUUGAAGAAGACGGACAGUUAAAGUCCUUGACGAUAAAUGUUAAGGAGCACCUGCUACGCUUGGAUAACAAGUAAUUUAACGCACACAUUUAACAGAAAUGUUAAACCAUAACAAGCACCAUUUGAGGAAUAACAGGAACUUUUUUUUUUGAAGAUUUCAAACGAACUCGACUUUCUGUAUAACUGUACCUAAAGUAUUUAUAAAACAGCUCAUCAGAGCCCCUAUUUGUCAUAGACUUUUGAGUUUGUUGUUGGGACCACAAAAUAGGACCAUUUUUUUUGUCUUUAAAAUUGUUGUAACCUCUGUAUGCACUUUGCUUUAAACAAAACAAA